UUAUGAAAAAAGAAACAGUUGGCAGCUCUGUUCUACGGACAAGAGCGUCAAAAACAAAACUAGUAUUGGAAACAUUUUCGGGCUAAAAUAUAGUUCUAUCACACAAAUUAUCUAUACAUAAGUCAUUUUCAUCUGUCAUAGCCAACGUUGAGCAAAAUGGUUACAAUCGGUGAAGCUUUUGCACCGGUCGAAGGAAUUGUUUAUUCUGCGGAGGAUGUCAAGGUUAAAAUCGGGAGCAAUUUGAUUGGUCCUGCAGGAGAGCUUCACCUUACUGAAAGCUCUCUGAUUUGGACUUGCGAGGAACGCAACAGUAGCAUUUCCAUUCCAUGGCCAAGAGUAGGUGUUCAAGCGAUAUCUUCCAACCCAGAAAAGUGCAUCUAUUUAAUGCUAGAUAUCAAUUUGAUUUGGCCUGGCUUCUAUGAUGGACGACCUCAGAAUAAUGGUAAUGAAAAUGGUGAUGCCGGUGGUGAGGAAGAAGAAGACGAACACGACGAAGGCCACGAAUCGGAUGGAUCCGAAAACGAAAUGACUGAGAUGUGGCUGCAACCUCCGACGCCACAAAUUGUCGAUGAAAUUUACAAUGCCAUGCGCGAAUGUCAGAGUCUAAACCCGGACCCGGGUGCAAUCAGCGAGGAUGAAGAUUACAUGGAGGCUGAGGAAGACGAGUUGCAGGAAGUAGACGACAUGAGAAAUCUGCAGCUUGACGAUAAUACUGAUUCUUAUUGCAGACGAGGAUAAGUUUGCCGAUGCGGAGGAAUAGACUGUUGGCGCUGUUGCUAAUCAACCACUUUUGAGAACGAAUAUCGGAAGCAGACCGGAAAGCGGUCAAUCCAGUGCGAGUAUUGCUAAUAAUAUUGCUUUUGAGCUAGGUUUUUAAAACUAUUCCAUGUUAGUUCUACAAGAAACUUUGUCGAAUCUGGAAAUUAUGCAUUAAGAAUAAAACUAAAUACACAAAAUCAAA